UUGGAUUGUUGUUUUGUUUUGUUAUUGAGCUGUAGAAGUUCUUUAUAUAUUUUGGAUAUUAACCCCUUACUGUAUAUAUGACUACACUGUAAUUGCUCCUUCCCCCCAGGGGCCCUGGCUUAUUAGCUGCUUGCUUACAAAGGUGCUGAGCCAUUACCCUGGGCUCCUCAGAUGUGGCAUCAUCUAUUGUGUGCACCGCUUUCUGGGCUCAUUGUCACUCAGAGGACUUGGGUGCAGGGGAACCAUGCUGACAUUCCUGCUGCUUGGGGGGCUAGGAGCAAUUCAGUCUUACCUCCCCAUCUUAGCUCCCCGUCACUAAAGAAAACCUUCAGCUUGCAUUAAGUUCUGCCAAGGGGAAGCACAAGCGGAGAUAGGAAGGCAGAGGAGAGGGGAGGGAAACAAGGUUGGUGAUGUACCCACCAGCUUCUCAGAUUCUCCCACCUGGUGGGAGGGCUUCUCCAUACCUCUCUCCAGGUGCAUGGAAUUGCUUCUGCUCCUUCCCCUUUAUGCCUAGAAGAAAAAAAUUCCCGCCCCACCUCCAAUCCCACUAGCGAGGGGUACAGCACUGUCCUUGAGGGUUAGUCACUCUAUUCAAAUUACCUGUUUCCUGCCCUGCCAGGACCGACUGCGGGUUAACAGGCAUGUCAGCCUGGGCCCACUGCAAACCCCUUUUCUUUCCACUCCCCUGCGGGAAGUGAUUACUCCAAAUGGUAUUCAGGCUUCAAAACCCAGUUCACAGGCCAUCCCUUGGAAACUUCUUUCAAUUCCCACCCAGGAGUACUUUGGCCUCUCAACUCCCCUGCACGCUCUGGGUCACGUGGUGAUCACGUUUCAUCUCUGUGUCUUCUCGGAGCUUCUUGGACGGAGCCUCCAGUUCUGACGCCCUUUGGUGCCCGCUAACUACCUGGUACCUGCUAACCCCCACCCGGCAUUUGCAGAGCACCAUCGCGCAAACCGUUUCUCAUUGUAAGACCGUUGUUAGAAAAGAGAAGCGUGGGCCUAGGGCCUAUUUACUAAUCCUGUGGUCACGCUGCCACAACCGACCACUUCGGCCAACGCCCUGUCACCCGGGGUUGGCGAGCCCGAGAACGGCCCCUGCCCCGGGGCCCCGCGGACGACAACCUUGCUCCCCGCCACUGCUCCCCCAGGCUCAGCGAGCCGAAAGCCCAGCGGCGGCGGUCUACGCCCGCGCUCCUCCCCGCGCACGCGUGGCCGGCCUCGCGCGGGCCCCGGGCCCUGGGAACCAUAGAGUGCCGCGGGCGGACAGAGGGGCCAGCAGCCGGGGUCGCUCCAUCCCCGCUUCCGGCCGCGCCUCGCUGCUCUGGGAGCGGCUGUAGCGGCGUACGCAGUUUCCAUGGGGACUGAAGAUGGCGCCGCGAGGUAAACGGCUGUCCUCUACCCCCCUGGAAAUCCUGUUCUUUCUGAACGGGUGGUAUUAUGCCACCUAUUUUCUGCUGGAACUCUUCAUAUUUCUGUAUAAAGCUCUCCUGCUACCAUAUCCAACAGCCAACCUAGUACUGGAUGUGGUGAUGCUUCUCCUUUACCUUGGCAUUGAAGUAAUUCGACUGUUUUUUGGUACAAAGGGGAACCUCUGCCAACGAAAGAUGCCACUUGGUAUUAGCGUGGCCUUGACCUUCCCAUCUGCCAUGAUGGCCUCCUAUUACCUGCUGCUGCAGACCUACGUGCUCCGCCUGGAAGCCAUCAUGAACAGCAUCUUGCUCUUCUUCUGUGGUUCAGAGCUGCUGCUUGAGGUGCUCACCCUGACGGCUUUCUCCAGUAUGGACAGGAUUUGAAGUACAAACACUGCAGCCAGCAGCCCUCAUGGGCUGAGACCACAGAUUCUUCUGGUCUUUAGCCCCACCAGUGAGAAUUGGUGGGUCAGGUUGUCCUGGGAACGGUUGCAGCUUUUCCUCAACACAGACAUUUGGGCAACAAACUGAGCGUGAGGCCACUGGGCAUCAUAUUCUAAACCAGGACCAUCAGCCUAAGAGACUGUUGUACACUCCAGUGUAGGGAGGGGCAAGGCCGGCCCAUCCUGGCCCGUCUCAGAACCAGUUCCCUGCUGAGCUCCAGUUCUUUGAUCCUCGUGGCCAGAGCAUCUUGUGUGGACCCCGUAGGCUCCUUGGGCUUCCAGCAGGACCAGAGCCAUAUACCCCCCGUAGGUGCUGUGCCAGCCGUCAUACGAGCACAGAGAGCCUCGGGAUGGUCUGCUCCCAGGGUGAUGCACAAGCUUGUCACCUUGUUCCUCAGAGACUGAGUUCCAGAACUUUUUUAGCAGCUCAUAGUGUUAUUUUUCUAUUCUCAUCGUGAAACAAACAUUAUUUUAUUUUAUAAUAAACGUGUAUUUUCUGUCA